GGGUCAUCAAUCUUUCAAAUGAGGGGAAGGAGCUACACCCCAUCUCCCCCGAGGGGGUAUGGCAGGAGAGGAAGGAGCCCUAGUCCAAGGGGUCGUUAUGUUGGUCGUGGCAGAGAUAUGCCUACUAGCCUUCUUGUUCGCAAUCUUCGUCAUGAUUGCAGGCCAGAAGAUCUUCGAAGGCCAUUUGGGCAGUUUGGUGCUCUUAAGGACAUUUAUUUGCCCAGGGACUACUACACUGGAGAACCACGUGGUUUUGGUUUCGUCCAAUAUGUAGAUCCUGCUGAUGCAGCAGAGGCUAAGUACCAUAUGGAUGGAUAUGUGCUUCUUGGUCGGGAGUUGACUGUUGUAUUUGCAGAAGAGAAUAGAAAGAAACCAACUGAAAUGAGGGCGAGGGAGCACGUAAGCACCAGCAGAGGUAGAAAUGAUCGAAGACGGUCUCCGGGGGGAUAUUCCCGUUCUCCACCUUCUCGUCAUGCAAGAUCUCGGUCCCAUAGUCGUGAUUAUUACUCCCCUCCUGCAAAAAGAAGGUACUCAAGAUCUACUUCGCCUCAAGAGAAAAGGCACAGCCGAGAGAAGUCAUACUCCCCACGUCCCAGUCGGGAGAGGUCAUACUCACGAGAUCUGCCUAUCAAUGGUUCCCGAAGCCGCAGUGAAAGUCCGGCCCGAGGCAAAAGCAGGAGCCGAAGCCGAAGCCCUCCUCCUGAAGACUAUGCCAGGGAGCCAAAUGGAGACAGGUCUCCUAGUCAGUAACCAGCCAAUGUGAAGAAGAUUGCAAACUUUCUUUCACAUUUUGUGUCGAGUUUGAGAAUCUCUUUGUUGCAGCUUUGUGGUUUGUAGUCAUUAUGUAGACUCCUCUGCCGUUGGUAUUAAAUAUUUGAGGACAACUUGUUCAUGUCGCAAUCUGAUGGAGAUUGAAGGAUUAACUUAGCUUUGUCGAUUGUUGGUGGAUAUGGCCCUCAGCUACCUCUGUUUCUGUGGAAAUGGUGAAACUAAAUUGAAGUGCAUGGGGAUGUCUCUGUUAUUUAUUUAAUAUACGAGGGUGGUUCUCGAUGAGAUAA